AUGGCUUUCCGUACCUCAACUAUUUUCGCCCUAGACGUAAACUGCUCGAUUUCUUCACUUGCGCAGGCCGUGGAGUUCUGUCGCCUUUCCGUACUGAAGACCAUGUGCCCUUCUUCAUAUGAUGAGGUCGCUUUAGUUGUGGCUGGUGGUUGCAGAAGCUACAGCGGGGGCACAUCAACGAGUGUUAGUACUUGUGGGAGCGCAGCUCAGCUUUCCGCCCCAUGUUUGCCGGCUCCACCAUCUGUUGAGUUCAUCACAAUACUGCACCGAAUCCUGCGUGACCGGGAGGAGCAACAGGGUGUGGGAUCCAGUGCAAAUUUCAUUGAAACUCUUACUCUAUGUGUAGAGGUGUUUAACUUGAAGAAACGAAGAAAGCAAUUCAGGGAGGUUUUGUAUCUCUUAACGGAUGCGCAUGCUGAGGUGGUCAGGAAGAGCGUCUUCCGCGAUGUGCUGAACGCUCUGCGAGCGCGGGGGGUGACACUUAUUGUUGUGGGGAUUGAUUUCUCCCAAGUGACAGGUGAAGGUUCCCUGCUUCCCGGUGCAUCAGCCCCAUCACUCACUAGUAACCGUGUGAAGGUUGAUAAUGAAACUGUACUGUACACCUUGUGUAAGGCUUUGGGUAACGACAGUCGAGUAAUAACAUUACGUGAUGCCCUGGUGAGCGCUGCGCAGUUGGUGUGCCGAAAAGUACGCAGCCUUGCACAAAAGACGGUAUUCACAAUCGGUGAAGUGCGCUUAGCUACGAACGUGCUCGGUAAAGUGAGACGAAUGCAUGUACCAGCAAAUCGGACACCAGCACCGACUGAACGAGUGCCAGGGAGUAGAAAGGCAGCUCACUCGCAGCUGUUUGACGAAGAAACUCUCCGAUUAGAAGGCGGGGAAGAGGACAGUCAGCAAACGUGUCUGGAGACUCCCGUAAACAAACCGACAGCCUCCAGCAGCAAUCGCCUCUCUGAAGCUACAAAGAUACGCGGGUCACGGGGUAUUGAUGCUGUUGCUUGCAUUCCACAAAACCAGGUUCCUGUUCAUGUGCUGGUGGUCGAUACAUCGUACAUGAUAGCACCGCUAGAUGAUGACCCCGUUGGGACGAGGGCGUUCCGAAGCAUUGUAAAGGCACUGGCAGCUCAAGAUUCAGCCUUGGUGGUGCGUUAUGUCCGAUCGACUGAUGGAAACCCCAACAUGUUCCUCUGCGUGCCGUUAACGACAGGUGACGAAGAUGUACUUUUCAUGUCCAGAUUACCUUUCAUGGAAGAGAUCCGCUGUCUGCGCUUUCCCACUCUACAAGAGAUGGAAAUGGAAUGCGACAUUCCGGAGGCCGAUGCGCAGAGAGAACAGGAGCUUGUUUCAUCAAUUGUAGAGGAGAUGACGGUAGGUGAAGAGGUGCUUCAUCCACAUAGAGUGCUUAAUCCCUUCGUGCAGCAAUACUACGCCACGCAGCGCGCUAUGGUGAACCGCUGGUGUUCCCGAACGGCGGAAAACCCUCUCAGCGCCCAUGAGGAUUCCGAUAUAAAACUCGCACUUCUCCCACAACUGAGGGGAAUUUCCGCAGGGUUCGCCUCGCCAGGAUGCAAAGUCGAGCAACUUGUUUCUCGUACCCGUGAGAAGCUUGAAACGUGUUGUCGCGUUUUCGCGUAUGUACCGAGGACGACCAGUCAUUCUCCAGAACGCAAAGUCCUAUGGGAGCGCACUCCAGCUGGGCAACCGCCGGUAUCUGAAACAGUUGAAAAUACGGAAGUGGCAUCACCUGCGGCUCCUUCUACUCUGCAGUGUCACUUGGGAAGCGGAUCCUCCGUUACAUGCCGGCCUGUUUGUGCUAAUCCACCACAUGAUGCGGUUAGUAGUUUCAUACAAGACAAGAGAACUAUGUUUCAUCCUGUCGCACACCCUCUGGGGAGCGGCUCGUCGUAA